AUGUCUCGUCCCUUCCUCGCCCGCUACAUCGCCGUGCCCGCCGCGGGCUUCGCGCUCGGCUUCGCGACCUUCCUGCGGGCCUGGCCCACGCCCCACGCCGGCGACGACGGCCCCGACAACGAAACGCUCCAGUCCGCCACGCUCAAGCGCCCCGCCGAGCAGCAGCGCCUCGACAUCCUCGAGCACCUCCAGCAGCAUCGCAUCUACGCAGACCUCAUCCGCCGCGACAACAUCCAGCAGUGGUCGCAGAGCGAGAGGAUCACGCGCCCGCACCGCGACUACCACGUCGGCCAGGGCCUGCUGUACGGGCCCGGCAGCCUCGAGAUCGACCCGCUGGUGCUGCACGACCCGGACGCGCAGGAGCUCGUCGUGUUCUACCACCUGGGCCGCAACCUGGCCAACGAAAAGGGCGCCGUCCACAAGGGUGUCAUCUCGCUGCUGCUGGACGAGGCCCUGUGCUACUGCGGCUUCCCGUCGCUACCCAGCAAGUCCGGCGUGACCGCGCGGCUCGACCUACAGUUCCACCAGGACGUCCCCACGGACUGCACCGUCGUGCUCAAGGCCCGCGUCCAGGAGGCCCGCGGCCGCAAGUGCAUCAUCACGGGCUCGCUCCACACGCUGCCCUCGCGGCCCUGGUACAGGCCCUUCGGCGGCGAGUCCUCGAAGACGCUGGCCACAGCCACCUGCGUGCUGGUCGAGCCCAAGUGGUUCAAGUACGUGAAGUGGCUCAACGCGAUCUGA